AUGGAAGUUGAAAUCAUAUCCACAAAAUUCAUAAAACCAUCUUCACCAACUCCAAAUCAUCUCCAAAAUUACAAGUUAGGUUUCUUUGAUCAAACAACUGAUGAGACACAUUUACCUCUUGUUUUUUUUUAUCCUCCUACCAACAACAUUAAUUUUUCAGCUCAUGAAGAACAACUUGAGCAAUCCUUAUCUAGGAUUUUAACUCAUGUUUACCCUAUNNNNUGUUGGCCUCAAGAUUCAUGGAAUGUAGAUGCAUCCAACUUAUUCGCCAUGCCAGUUGUCAUUAUCCAAAUUACAGAAUUCGAGUGUGGUGGCUUGGCUCUAUCCAUGAGCCACGCGCACAUUGCAAUGGAUGGUUACUCAACUUUUACUGUUAUCAACGAGUGGUCCAAAGUGUGUAGACUUGAGAUUCCUGUAGAGAAGAUCGAUUUCAUGAGCUUUAAUUUGGUUGAUGUUUUCCCAACGAGAGAUUUAUCGAAGCUUCUCUUGCCUCGUGUUCCUCCAUUAGAUCGUGUGGAGUCUAAAUUAGUAGCCAAAAGGCUAUACAUCAACGAAGAUUCCAUUUCAAGGCUAAGAAAAGAAGUCGGUGGAGACUUAUGCACCUUUAAGCCGUCAAGAGUUGAAAUGAUCAUGGCCCUCCUAUGGAGGGCUUUAAUUCGUGCUUCAGAAAAGAAGCACGGAUAUCUAAGGCUUUAUCCUCCUACCAACAACAUUAAUUUUUCAGCUCAUGAAGAACAACUUGAGCAAUCCUUAUCUAGGAUUUUAACUCAUGUUUACCCUAUUUCUGGCAGAUUUACCGAGGAUAACUCGAUAUCCUGCCAGGACCAAGGGGUUAAAUUUAUAAAAGCAAAAGUGAAUAGUAAACUCAAUGAAUUUCUUGAGAAAGCACGCAAGGAUGUCAACCUUUCAUUGCUCUGUUGGCCUCAAGAUUCAUGGAAUGUAGAUGCAUCCAACUUAUUCGCCAUGCCAGUUGUCAUUAUCCAAAUUACAGAAUUCGAGUGUGGUGGCUUGGCUCUAUCCAUGAGCCACGCGCACAUUGCAAUGGAUGGUUACUCAACUUUUACUGUUAUCAACGAGUGGUCCAAAGUGUGUAGACUUGAGAUUCCUGUAGAGAAGAUUGAUUUCAUGAGCUUUAAUUUGGUUGAUGUUUUCCCAUCGAGAGAUUUAUCGAAGCUUCUCUUGCCUCGUGUUCCUCUAGAAGAUCGUGUGGAGUCUAAAUUAGUAGCCAAAAGGCUAAACAUCAACGAAGAUUCCAUUUCAAGGCUAAGAAAAGAAGUCGGUGGAGACUUAUGCACCUUUAAGCCGUCAAGAGUUGAAAUGAUCAUGGCCCUCCUAUGGAGGGUUUUAAUUCGUGCUUCAGAAAAGAAGCACGGAUAUCUAAGACGUUCUCUAAUGAACAUCCCAAUAAACUUGCGCACUAGGUUAAUUUCUUUACCUCAAGUAGAAAAAUCUUUUGGAAAUCUUGGAGUUGACGCCCCUUUAAAAUUCAUACCUGGGGAGAACAAGAUGGAGUUGCACAAAUUCGUGACAUUAAUUCAUGACACUGUGAAGGAAACUAUUAUUACUUGUGACAAGACAUCACCGGAGGACAUAGUGUCCGCGGUGUCAAAUAUAUAUAAUGAAAGUUUUCUAGCACAAGAUUGGGGAGGAAGUGAUGAAGUUGAUAGGUACACAAGUUCAAGUUUAUGUAAAUUUCCUAUACAAGAAGCUGAUUUUGGUUGGGGAAAGCCAUGUUUGAUGCAUUUUGGGUCAAGACAUGAUCAAGUUUGCUGGUUGUAUGAUGCAGAAUGUGGCAAUGGGAUUUGUGUGCAAGUGGAUUUGAAGGAAGACUAUAUGCAUCUAUUUGAAUGUGACAAUGAUAUCAAGGAUUUCUUUCAGUUUUAGAGUUUAGGUCUCUAAGGUUUGGCAAUUUUUAUUUACUUUUUUAUUAUUGUUGUUGUUGUCAUUUUGGAUUUGGUAAUAUAAUAAAGUUGCAUUUGUUAUCUUGU